GACUACGGGACCAAAAGGGGGUUCAACUGGAAUAAAAGCCAGAAGAAGAGGCUAUUAUGAUGGAGAGCAGCGCGGCUGGCCCCAACCCACGGAUAGAUUCCACACACCGGAUCGAUUCCUGACGAGCAGCAGUAAUGAGUCCGGUGCCUCCUCUGUGAGCUCUCCUGCGCGCACUCGUGCCUCAGCCCGGUGAUGAUGGAGGCAGAGAGCUGCCGGCGGCGGCUGCUCAGGCUGCUCCUCCUGCUCAGCUUCAUGGCCCUCCACAGCUCGGCCAUCGAGACCGUGAACGUGGUGGACUUCUGUGGCCAGACGAUCCGUGGCGACGGCAUGAUCGUCAACUCGCACCAGGAAUCCAAGAAGUACUACUUUGUGACAAUGGCGACUGACUGCCACCUCACCAUGCAGGCCAGCUCUCCUAAGGAUAAGGUCCAGUUCCACUUCCGCUUCUUCCUGGUCUACAGUCUGCUCCGAGUGGCCCCCCUGAGCCCAGCCCCUCUCUUUCCAGAGUCCCCUCGUGGCUCUGCCCCUCUCAACCCCAGACUGGAGCCCACCUCUGGUGAAAGCUCAGGGGACCCGUGUCAUGCCGGCUCAUACGUUCAGUUCUAUGAUGGAUGGGACCGGAACUCGCCUCCCCUCGGGCCUCCUCUUUGUGGGAAGAGCCCACCCCGGCCGGUGUUGUCCACAGGGAACUACCUGACCCUGAGGCUGGUGACCCGGGGGACUCAGCCGCGCAUCGACUUCGUGGGGGACUUCACGUCCUUCAGACUGGGUUUCAACCAAUCAGAGUGCAGCAAUGAGCCCUAUUUCACCUGCAGAAAUGGGAAGUGUAUCCCUCUCAGUCUGGUGUGUGACGAUAAAGGCAUUGACAACUGUGGGGAUGGAAGUGACCUGGAGGAAAACUUGACCACGGGUUGUAAAGCAGGUCAGCUUUUACCUCCUGAACCUCCGCCGCCAAUAGCAACCCCACCACUACCUUUUGUGAAUCCACCCACAGUGCCGAUUCCUACUCAUAACAACUGUGGCGUGCCAGACAGCGCUCCCAGUCAUGAGUCUGUAACAGACUCCCCUGCCUCCCUGUCCCUGCUGGUUCUCUACAUCGUCCUGGGUGUGGUGGCCGGCGGCGUGGUGCUCUGCUGGUGUUGCUGGUCGCCCGGCUGGUUCCUUUGGCGCGUAAGCGUCUGUCGCUUCUUGCCCUGCUGCAACUCGGCCUGCGCCUCCUGCCAGCUCUGCGCCCGCAGCUGCACCCACAGCAAGGAGCACCGACUGGCAAAGGUCACCCCACACACACCAGGCAACGGGGCCCCUUCAGGCACCGCAGCCACCUCCAACGGUGCUGAUGAAAAUGUUACCACGGCAGCUGUUUAGAGCAGGACGGCGAUCUGUUGAUCAGUUUUCACAUACUGAGACUUGGAACAGUGCAGUGGUGGAGAUGAACAGUUUCUGGAUUAGGUAGCGGAACAUCACCGAGUAUCUUUAUGGGGAAAGUCGGACCGAUGUGGUAAUGUUUGCAACGCUGAAACGAUUUGGGUUAUACUGUGGUUUUUAUUGCUUUAAAUGUAAUGAUGAUGCAGGUGAUGGGGCUGCUGUGUUGAUGUUGUUAUAAGAAGGUGAAGCAGGGUACUGUAUGACUACGGAUUGUGUAAAAAGUAUGAAUGUAUCUGAAAAGAUAGGAGUAAGGGUUCUUACAGUUACUCAAGAAACGUUUUUGUUUCGCUUAAGUCAUCUCUUUCUUGGCCAGUUUUUAGAGGAAGAUUAUUUGGUUCUUAGUCAUAUGUUUGUUUGUAUAUAAACAUACUUGUUUUGCUCUGACUUAGAGGAAACAAUUUAGUCCAACAGAGAAACCACACUUCCAGUCCACAGCUUUGACCCAAAGUGUGCCACAGACGCAUGCUGAGGAAACAGCCCCAGAACUACAAAGUCACCCACCUGGUGACAACAGCUGUUCUCUGCUGGAGAAAUUCCUCCAAACUUUCCACUCUCCUCCCAGCAGUUCUCUGUUGUUCCACAUAGAAGCCAAUGUGGAGUUUGGACAAUAGAGCACAAAGUCGCCCAGUGUAUAGCUGGAAACAUUUUUUAGAGAACAACUUUAAGUGUGAACAUCUAACAUGCUUUUGUGUGUACAAUUUCUGAGGGGUGAAAAUUAAAUGAUUAACAAUAAAAACCUGAAAUGU